CAGCUCAUCGAGAAGAGCAUUGCGGUUGGCUGUGACCCUGUUGUUCCACUGCUGGAAAUCAGUAACGUGUUGCACAUGCACUGAGAAUCAGAUGUUGUAGUAUCUUUCCAGCUUCAAUGUGCCUUACCUCUCGCCUUCCCUGAUAUAUAGGUCUACAUAGGUCAUAUUUGGCCUUUUUCUAGCUUUCUGCAUCACCAGAGAAAAAUGCAGUGCAGUGUGCAUGCAGCGCAAAGGAAAAAGCAUAAUGUUUUGAAAGUAGGCCAUGCUGUUGCUCAAAAAAUCACACAAAUACAAAGUCGCACAAAGUGGGGCCUAAUUUUCCAUUCACUUUUGAAGUCAGUGUGUGAACAAAGUCACUUCCGUCAAGUGACGUGUUUUGAUGUCAUGAGACAGUUUUAUUUUCUAAAUGCAUUUCCUUUUUAAACAGGCUUUGAGGUUCAGUUAGCCACAGAAAACAAAUUACUGAGGGGGCAAGUCUUCCUCCUUCAAUAUAAUCUACCUUACACUGACACCAGCUACAGUUACUUCCUGACCAAUAUGACUGUACAGAAACUUUGCUUUGUCCUGCUUCUGCCUAUACUUGUGUGUUCCAGCCAUGAAGAGAUGCUUGUGAAGAAGGCUGGGAAGGAACAAGAUGUUACUCCAAUAUGCAGCAACGAAACGCUGAACGUUAUCAUGCUGAUAGUGUGUAAGAUCAGCACACAGAGGAGCAGAGGAGAAGGGUGCAGUCUGCUGUAUCGACAUGGACACAACUUUGAGCAUGAAUGUGACUCCAGGUUCACACUGAUGAAAGAAAACGGGACUGUAUUUCUCCACCUGACAAAUUUAACACGAGAAGAUAGUGGGAACUACACCUGUGAGUGUGUACACACUGGAGGAACAUAUAAGCUCCAUCUCAAUGUUGCUGUGGAAGUACCAAUCUCAGAGGAGGAAGAGAACAUCAAUUCAACAGACACGUCUAUUUCACUUUAUUUGAUCACUGCAGCAGGAGUCGUCAUUGUAACUGGGGUUAACCUGGCAUUUAUCUACUGGUUGAGAAGUCGUGGUUGCCGUUCACAGUCAGAAACAGUUGAAAUAUCUGUCCGUAAAACUUCAUCUUCUGUGUAUGACAAUGACCUGGGGGACCAGUACAGAAGCAUUCGGCAGCCAGGAAAUGAUCUCUAUCAAAAUAUCACCUCAGUCCGCUAUCAGCGUAACAUCAGGACACAUGCAGCAAGACGUGCUGAAAAUGCCUGCAAGGAUAAUCUGGAAAUGGAUCAGGUGUCUAAUGACUACGAAAACAUUUGAACUAGAACUCAAGUUAACUUCUAGUUUCUUUCAGUCAUCCAGUUGAAGUUCACAGGGCUGCUCGAGCCUGUCCCAGCUGUGUAAAGCCAAAAGCCGAGGUACACCUUGGAUACACUCUGUCACAGCGCGAGCAGACAAGAGACAAACCUUCAUGCUCACACCCAUGGCCAAUUUAGAAGUGCACUUAACCUAAACCAUGCAUGUCUUUGGCCCGUGGGACAAAACUGGAGUACCUGACAAGAAUCAACAGAGGCAUUAACUCAAUACUAACAAGUUUGUGUCCAGCUUGGGAGGUAUGUGCCAACAAACAGAGCCAGCAGAGAAGUGUUUUCAGUGAUUGCAGAUGUUCUCCCGUGCAGGUUUCCAAAAUCCCACUGCACAGUGCAUGAUGUGGAUGAAGCUGUCAGAUGCUGAUCGGUUGACCAGCAACAGCAAAACGGGUGAAAAAAACAUCACAGAUCAAAAAAGAUGCAUGAGAGUCACAGACAGCAGCUGCAGUGGACAUUUUUCAUUGGUUUUAAACCUCAGUUUCACUUCAGUGCUUUGUAUGUUAUAACUUCACUCUCCUCCACGGCUGGCUGAUGGACCAACAACAGUAGCCCACAGACCGUUUGUGCCGUAUAUUUAUAACACUGCCCCCAUCUGACAACAGACGCUCUCUGCAGGUAGACGGGUGGUUUGAAGCUGACCACAGACUGCCCAGAGACUGCCACUGCACUACCACUGAACCAUAAUUUCCCCAUUACGAUAUUAAGUUACAACAAUACCGUGUGACAGUCAGUUCUCUUAUUAAGAGACAUUAAUACCAAUAAGCUGCUAAGAUGAUGUUGUAUUUUUUUACAUGUCUGUUUUAGCACUUUAACAUUUGCAUCUAUCUAACUUGCUAACCAUGCAAGACUAUUGCAAGCAUUGCUCUGUAAUAGUGCGACUUCUGUAUCUGCAUGAUGUUUGACCUGGCAGUAUUUUUUAGCCACCUAUGUAUAUUCUUUUAAACCUUUUUAUUGUUUUUAAAUUAUAGUUACAGACCAAAUGUUAAACUAUAUAGUUGAGUAUAUAGUUAAAGUGUUUCUCUAGAUACACAAAAAGGUUUUACAUUAAAAGGUCAUCUGUCUGCAUAUAAAACAGAAGCUUUCAUGCAGAUGCACUUCCUGUUUAGAGACUUUGAGGUUUAGGUAGUGAUGGGGGUGAUUUACUGAGGGUGCAAGUUUUCCUCCUGUCAACACACUCUACUCUACAAUGUCACAUGCCACUCCUGUCCAGUCUUGAAAGCAAUACAUAUAUGUAUAGUAUAAAAUGGUGAAAUGCUGAUUUCCAUGUUUCAAUUGAAUCACUUGAUUGUAAUCAAUUGAUUGCAGAGACUCUUGUGAAGACCUUAUAGAAUCAGAAGUCACUUGAACAUGCACUAAUAAAAGCUGCAGUUGUAAUAGGA